GCUGCUGGACAUUCUAGCAUGUCGUAAAGAUCCUACUGGGGUGUCCGGUCAGCUUCUUCUGGACGGGAAACCUGUACCGGACAACUUCAAGUGCAUGGUGGGAUACGUGGUCCAGGAUGAUAUCGUUGUUGGGACUUUGUCCGUGAGAGAGAACUUCCACUUCUCCGCUGCCUUGAGACUGCCCAACACAGUCAGCUCCUCCCAGAGAAAGGAUCGUGUGAACAACGUGGGCAACGAAUUCAUCCGAGGUGUGUCUGGCGGUGAGAGAAAGCGUUGUAACAUCGGCAUGGAGCUGAUUAUCUCCCCUCCAGUUCUGUUUCUGGACGAGCCAACCACAGGACUGGAUGCCAGUACCGCCAACACUGUCCUUUUGUUUCUCAAGCGGCUGUCACAGAAAGGCCGGACUAUCAUUUUCUCCAUCCAUCAGCCCCGAUACUCUAUCUACAGUCUGUUUGAUCACCUGGUUCUGCUCUCUUCUGGUUACACCAUAUACGACGGGCCUGCCCCGGAAGCGCUGGAUUUCUUCGCUUCACAAGGUUUUCAGUGCGAAGAACACAAUAAUCCUCCGGACUUUUUCCUGGAUGUCAUCAACGGUGACGUCAGUGUGUUCAGCAUUGACAGUAUGCCAGAGAUCACUGUUGAAGUAGAUGUGGGACCUGCUGUAAGUCGGCAAGACAGGUUAGUGGAGGGAUUCAAGCAAUCAGACUGGCACAAGAGAGUGCUGGAAGAAGCCGAGGCUAUCUAUACUCAGUUCGAAGCUCAGGGUGGAGAGAAAGGAGAGCGGCACGAAGCUGUCCAGUACGCCACUUCGUUCGGACAUCAGGUUUGUGUUGUCGCAAACAGGACCAUGAAGGACAUAAUACGUCACCCGCAGGCCAGUCUGUUUACGAUAGGGACCUCUCUCGUCUUUGCUGGGAUCACCGAUGCCAUCUACUGGGAUCUUGAAGAGGAUCCUGUAUCUGGGUUCAAAGACAGGGGCGGAGUUCUCUUUUUCCUCAUCAUCAUUCAGCUCUUCUUCAAUCUGACGGCUCUAGAAGUUUUCAUCAAAGAAAGAAAGAUUUUUAUGCAUGAGAACGUCAGCGGGUUCUACAGGGUGUCUGUCUACUUUCUAGUGAAGGUCAUCUUUGACAUUCUACCGCUGAGGACCGUCCCCAUCCUGCUCAUGUCCAGCACCAUAUACUUCGCCGUGGGUUUAAACCCAGGAGCCGACCACUUUUUCAUGUUCGUCUUUUCCUUGCUGUGUACGACCCUCGCCGCGGCCGGUCUGUGUUUUUUCCUCAGUGCUACAGUUCGGGUGUUCGCUGUGGCACAGUUGCUCCUGGCAACAGGUUACAUCUUUAUGAUGCUGUUUGGAGGUUUCCUCAUCAACCCAGACUCGAUAGGUCCCUGGCUGAACUGGGUCCAGUAUAUCAACCUGUUCAAGUACUCAUUAUCCGCACUUUACAUCAAUGAAUUUAAAGAUCGGUAUUUCUGCAUUAACAAUGGAACUACGUGCAAAUCUGGCAACACGUACCUGAAUGAACAACAAAUCAGCCACCAGUACACCUGGGAUCUCUGGUGCAACCAUAUGGCUCUACUGAUUCAUGCAGCAUUUCUGAUGUUACUGACCUACGUCCAGUUGAGACGGAUGAAGAAGACAACGUAG